ACUUGGGAUCAUCGAAAUGCAGCAAAAGUUGAUCGGCCCAGACUCGUAUGACGUAUUCUGGGAAACGGUGGAUGCACUCAAUAGGUACUUCAACCAGAUUUGCGACCCUGCGAAGGAACGUAUGAAGUUCAGAGAGAUGAAGAUGAGCGAGAAUGAACCGUUCGACGAUUGGGUUCUCCGGCUGGAGUUUCAAGCCAAGUAUUGUGAUUUCGAGGGUAAACAGAGGGAAGAGGAGUUUUUGCAAGCAUUAUUGCGACGAUCUAUCCCGGAGAUUUCGAGCAAGCUGUACGAGUCUUCGGGCAUGCUGAGUAACGAUCUGCAAAAGAUCAUCAGUCACGGCAAGCAUUUGGACGAGAUAAGACGGGAGGCGGCUGAGGUUGCCAAGCAGCAACAGAAUGAAAAACUAGGCCAAGGUUCGGGUCUACACCAAGAGGAGGAGAGGUUCAAAGUGGUCAACGCGGUUCGUGUGGGUAAACUGAAGGCGGAACGUGCUCGUCAUGAUUCGGGUCGCCAAGUCAGGAACUACUCGGGCGGCCAGGGAAGGUACCGCGACUGGCCGAUGCGGCGAGAAGCCUGGGAGAAAAUGUCCGUGGCUAGCUGCUCCAGGUGCGGCCGAAUGCACGGUCCAAACGAUUGCGCGGCUUUCCGGGUGAAGUGCUGGAACUGCGGCUUUUGGGGCCAUUUUGCCGAGUUCUGCAAAAAUCCGAAGCAAGAGCAGAAAGGACCACGCGACCGCCGUUCCUAUCCGGAGUCGGUUAAGGAAGAGGCUCAGCGGAUUAACCAGGUAGAUACUGAUAAGCCCUAAUCUGUGGAUA